AUGCAGCUACACGCGGCGGCCCUGACAUUGUGGCUGAUGUACAUCUGCGCUUCAGUUGAGGCGGGGACUUCAUCAGGAGAUGAAGUUGGUCCUCGGUUCGUGUCACGUCCUGGUAACAUAACCGUCGCAGAGGGUCGUAGUGCACGCCUCGUCUGCGCUGUCGAUGCACUUGGUAACUUCAAGAUGGCGUGGAUCCACAAAGGCACUACGAGGCGCGCUGUUUUAGCAACAGGAUCUCAGGUCGUCACCAAGAAUCCGCGCAUUUCAGUCACGAGGGAAGGACAAACUUUUGUGCUGAACAUCGACGGCGUCACCGAGAAGGACGAGGGUGACUACCUUUGUCAGCUCAACACCAAGCCAACCCUCACGCACACUCUAGGGCUCAAUGUGGUCGUGCCACCUGUGAUAGUGGACGUCGGCAGCAGUCGAGACGUCACUGCAGACGAAGGCCAGGACGUGACGCUGACGUGUGACGCACGCGGUCGUCCUCAGCCGUCCAUCCGCUGGGUCAGGGAGGACAGCGCAAAAAUCUCCAGCGGAGGCAAAGCGGCCGACGAGUGGGUGGGGCGGGAGCUUCGCCUGGGUCCCCUGCAGCGGAGCUCCGCGGGGGCCUUCCUGUGCAUCGCCAGCAACGGCGUCCCGCCCAUCGUCAGCAAGCGCGUGCUGCUCAACGUCAACUUCGCCCCCGUGCUGGAGCCCCCCAGCAGCGUGCGCGUGGGCGCCGUGCUGGGGGGCGACGCGCGCUUCUCGUGCAGCUUCUCCGCCCACCCCGCGGCGCGGCUCACGUGGCGCGACGCCGCUGACAGAGUCGUCGCCGAGUCCCCGAGGGUGGCCGUGGUUAAUGAGGAACUGCAGCCGCAGCGGUGGCGCAGCUCGCUGCUGUUGCGCGCCGUCACGAGCGCAGACUUCGGAGGCUUCAAGUGCGAGGCGCGCAACGCCAGGGGCAGCGAUGCGCUCUCCUUCACGCUCUUCGAAAUGACGACCACGACACCUCCGACAACCAUCACCACUACAGCAGGCUGGACCUCACCACCACCUUCAUCACAAUUGCCCGCCAUCACUACCACCUGGUGGCCCACCUCUUCCCCACCCCCCUUCAUCCCUUGGUGGGGUCCCAGCACACUUGACCCCUCUGCCCCCGCGCCAGGCGCUGGAGCGGCGCCCAGUCCACGCAAACACACGGGCCAGUAUUUCCAAGGAGGCAGCGUUUCAGCAGGCCCUCGCCCCCGGCCACCUCAAUGGUUCCUGCUCAUCGAUUUGCUCGUAGUGAAGACGAUAUUGUUCCUCGCCAACCAUUUUAUGAACGGACAAGCAUAAAAAUCAAUAUAAUUGAUUUUGAAUAAUUAAAAUGUUAUAA